AUGGCCAAUCUGUGGCCAAAUCUAAUCUGUGCAUUGGCUGUGGCAGUAGUCUUAUUAGCUAUCAAUGUAGCAGCUGAUGAUCACAAGCCUUACGUUUAUGCAUCUCCACCUCCACCAAAAUACAUGUACAAAUCCCCUCCACCCCCACAUUACAGCUACAAAUCACCACCUCCAUACCACAAGGAAUCUCCUCCACCACCGCAUUACCGUUAUAAGUCCCCGCCACCCCCAUCUCCAUCACCACCACCUCCUUAUAUAUACAAAUCCCCACCUCCUCCAUCUCCAUCACCACCCCCUCCCUAUGUCUACAAGUCCCCACCUCCCCCAUCUCCAUCACCUCUUCCACCCUACAUUUAUAAAUCUCCACCACCUCCCUCGCCGUCUCCUCCACCUCCUUACAUUUACAAAUCACCACCACCACCAUCUCCAUCACCUCCUCCACCAUACAUCUACAAGUCACCACCUCCUCCACCACCAUCACCUCCUCCUCCCUACAUUUAUAAAUCUCCACCACCACCCUCACCAUCCCCUCCACCUCCUUAUAUUUACAAAUCACCUCCACCACCUUCUCCUUCACCUCCUCCUCCAUAUGUGUACAAGUCACCACCACCACCACCUCCAUCUCCAUCACCACCACCUCCAUAUGUCUACAAGUCACCACCUCCUCCAUCUCCAUCACCUCCUCCUCCCUACGUAUAUAAGUCUCCACCACCACCCUCACCAUCUCCUCCACCUCCUUAUAUUUAUAAGUCACCUCCUCCACCCUCUUCCUCACCUCCUCCUCCAUAUGUCUACAAGUCACCACCUCCUCCAUCUCCCUCACCUCCUCCUCCUUACAUCUAUAAAUCACCACCCCCUCCAUCUCCUUCACCUGCUCCUCCAUAUGUGUACAAGUCACCACCACCACCCUCACCAUCCCCUCCACCUCCUUAUAUUUACAAGUCACCUCCACCACCUUCUCCUUCACCCCCUCCAUAUGUAUACAAGUCACCACCUCCUCCAUCUCCAUCGCCACCACCUCCAUAUGUCUACAAGUCACCACCUCCUCCAUCUCCCUCACCUCCUCCUCCUUACAUCUAUAAAUCACCACCCCCUCCAUCUCCAUCACCGUCUCCUCCAUAUGUUUACAAGUCACCCCCUCCUCCAUCUCCAUCACCUCCUCCUCCAUAUAUUUACAAAUCACCACCACCCCCAUCUCCGUCACCAUCUCCACCCUAUAUCUACAAGUCACCUCCUCCUCUAUCCCCUUCACCCCCUCCACCUUAUGUUUAUAAAUCUCCACCACCACCAUCCCCACCACCGCUAUCCCCAUACUACUACAAAUCACCACCACCUCCGAAAUACUAAAAGCAAUCAUUAUGUAGUACUACUAAUCACGUAAGUAUUUUUAUAUGCGCAUUCUCGUCGAAUCUACAUAACAUUUCCUUUACUCGUUUACUUUUAUUUCUUGUACUUUCCCCAUCCAUCGUAACCUUCUCAUGAUUCUACUACUCUGUUUUUGCAACUUAUUAUGUGAUAAAAGGAAUAAUUGCUGCUCAUGAAGUAAUCAGAUACUUGUGGAUGCGCUCUCUACUUGCUUUUAGAAAAUAAGUUCUCUGUUUUUCUUUUUGGUUCCUACGGCCACUUGAUAUAUUAAUUAUAUGUAUUUGUGAUUUAUUUAGUUAAUGGAUCAAAUCAAUUAAGUAUGCUUUCUCUCGAUCUCUCUUUGAUCUCUCUCAUAAAAAUUAAUAAUUUUACUAUAUAUUUCUACAUGACAAUCAUGAACCAAAAAAAAAAAAAGCAAUUGUUUUAAGACUAGCAAACCAAAAAUCAAUUCAAAAUACAUACACAUUAUACGCAUUUGGUCUGAUCGAGAGUACUGAUGAUCAUCAUCAUUUGGUUAUAAAAUAUUAUAAAGAGAAAAUAUUGGGAGCAGCCACUAUUCACCACUGCACACCACACACCCUAUAAAAAACAUCUAUAUAUCCUAUGAAAAGCAUUCCUACACCCUAUAAAAACCUAUAAGUGUGUGGUGUGCAACAUGAAUAGUGGCUGAUGCAUAAUAAAUUCCUAUUAUAAAUAUGUAUGGAUGGCCUGCAUGCAUGCAUGCUUUUGCACCAUUAAUAUUUUAUAACUUGUACCUUCAAGCUGAGAUUGAGCAGAUCAACAAAACGCGAAACAACAAAAAAAAUUAAGCAAAAAGGUGAUCGAACAAAACCAUCGUUAAUUUAUUUUAUAAUCAAUCCUGUCUGUAAUAUUUGCAACUGGAGAUCAAACGCUUAAUUAACAUGGUCAUGUAAUAUAUGCGUGUUAAAUGGAUUCGAUCCCUCUUUCUGAGGAUUUAUCCUCCUUAUAUAGAAUCUCUUUACAUGGCUAUGUACAGUCUAAUUUGAGCGGGAAGAGUCCCUAAAAUUACAGCUGAUGUUUAGACCGCGGCGCCGUAUGUAGCCUCCCUCUACUUAGUAGCUUUGACUAGCCUACCUAUAAAUAUAUAUAAUCUAAACUACUACAACUUGAUGGACUGUAUAGUAUUGACAGCCGGACUGUAUAGUAUUGACAGCCCCCCUCAAAUUGAUGCCCGUAGAUCAACAAGCAUCAAUUUGCUACUUAGGAAGCAAUGUCGAUGACGAGUGAGAGCCUUGGUGAAGAUAUCAGCAAUUUGUAGUUCAGUAGAAAUAUGUGGAAGAGUAAUAACACGAGCUUCAAAUGCUUCACGGAUAGAGUGACAAUCGACUUCAAUAUGCUUCGUGCGCUCAUGAUAGACAGAAUUGGCUGUGAUCUGAAUAGCACUUGUAUUAUCGGCAUGUAGAGGUGUGGGAUCGGUCUCUGAAAAAUCUAGUUCAGCAAGCAUACCUCGAAGCCAAAUAAUUUCAGAACAAGCUAAAGACAUCGCCCGGUAUUCAGAUUCCGUAGAUGACUUAGAAACUCUGUCUUGCUUCUUACUCUUCCAAGAGAUCAAUGCAUUACCUAAUAACACACACCAACCAGUGAUGGAGCGACGUGCAUCCGCACAACCAGCCCAAUCAGCAUCGCUAUAAGCAGCAAGACGAGUAGAGUUGCCAGCCGGGAAGAAUAAACCAC